AUGGGUGACAAUCCGUCACCGCGUGGCUCGGGCCCCCUCAAGAUCAAGAUGGCCGACUACCUGGAGGUGGGCGGCGCGGUGGCGCUGACGGCGGCAGCCGGCGCCGCGGCCGCGCUCUAUGUGCUCUCCCGGCCGCGGCCCCUGGUGCCGCCCGUGCCGCUCGAUGACCAGAGCGCCGCCCUGGUGGUGAACUCCGACACCAUCCGCACGUCGCGCCUGCCGCUGGCCGCGUACGGCGAAGGCGAGUUCGUCCAGUACCUGGACCCGACCUGCCGCACCAUGCACCAGGUGCCGCUGCGCGGGCUCCAGCAGUCUGGUGACGGCCCCUGCCUGGGCUGGCGUGCCGGCGUCGACCAGCCGUACCAGUGGCUCAGCUACAGCGAGAUGGUGCGGCGCGCGCGUCACUUCGGCUCGGGCCUGGUGGGCGGCGGCCUGAAGCCCGGCCAGGGCACGCUGGUUGGCCUGUACGCGCAGAACCGGCCCGAGUGGGUGCUGGCCGAGUACGGCUGCUACUGCUACAGCAUGAUCACCGUGGCGCUGUACGACACGCUCGGGCCAGAGGCGUGCGCCUACAUCGUGUCGCACGGCAAUAUCAGCACAGUGUUGGUCGACUCGGACGCGCGCGCGCUCAGCCUGCUGGAGCAGCAGCCAGAGGCGCUGCAGCACAUCGUGCACUGCGGCCCGCUGUCGGAGGAGACGGCGCGGCGCGCGCGCGACGCCGGCCUGCGCGUCAGCUCGUUCGCCGAGGUGGAGGAGCGCGGCGCGCUGCUCGACGUGGCCGAGAUCCCGCCGCGGCCGCAGGACGUCGCCACCAUUAGCUACACGUCCGGCACCACCGGCGACCCCAAAGGCGUGAUGCUGACGCAUGGCAACGUGCUGGCCAACGUGUCGGCCGUGCUGCUGCAGAUGGGUGACGCGCGCCUCCGCCAGGACGACGUCAUGCUCAGCUUCCUGCCGCUGUCGCACACGCUAGAGCGCAUGUGCCACGUGGCCAUGUACAUGAUUGGCGGCGCCGUGGGCUUCUUCCGCGGCGACAUUCGUGGCCUGAUGGAUGACCUGAAGACGCUGCAGCCCACCUGCAUCCCGGCCGUGCCGCGCAUCUUCAACCGCAUCCACGACAAGGCGAUGGGCGCUGCGGCCAAGAGUAGGCUGAAGGCAACGCUGCUGCGCUGGGCGGUGGCCGCCAAGGAGGGGGAGAUGGCGCGCCAGGUGGUGCGAGCCGACUCCUUCUGGGACCGCUGGGUGCUCGCGCCGGUGCGCCAGUCGCUGGGCGGCCGGCUGCGCAUGGUGGUGGUGGGCUCGGCGCCCAUGGCGCCGGCCGUGCUCACCUUCAUCCGCGCUGCUCUCGGCUGCGUCGUGCUCGAGGGCUACGGCCAGACAGAGUGCGUGUGCCCGUGCACGCUGACGGUGCCCGGCGACAACGCGGCCGGCCACGUGGGGCCGCCGCUGGCCUGCGGCGCCAUCAAGCUGACCGACGUGCCAGAGAUGGGCUACGAGGCGGCGACCGGCCGCGGCGAGGUGUGUGUACGCGGCGCGGCCGUCUUCAAGGGCUACUACCGCAGCCCCGAGCUGACGCACGAGGCGCUCGACGACGACGGCUGGCUGCACACUGGGGACAUCGGCCAGUGGCUGCCCAACGGCACGCUGCGCAUCGUCGACCGCAAGAAGAACAUCUUCAAGCUGUCGCAGGGCGAGUACGUGGCGCCCGAGCGGCUGGAGAAUAUCUUCAUCCGUUCGCCGCUGAUCGGUCAGGUCUUCGUGCACGGCGACAGUCUGAAGUCGUGCCUGGUGGCGGUGGUGGUGCCUGACGAGGACGGCGUGCGGGAGUGGCUGCGCCGCGCCGGCCGGCCGCGCGUGCCGCUCACCGAGCUCUGCGCCCUGCCGGAGCUCAAGCAGGCCGUGAUGGCGGAGCUGGGCCGCGUGGCCGCUCAGGCUGGCCUUAAGGGCUUCGAGAAAGUUAAGGACGUGCACGUGGUCGCCGAGCCGCUCAGCACCAGCAACGGCAUGCUCACGCCCACGCUGAAGGCGCGCCGACACAACAUCCAGAAGCACUUCCAGGCGCAGAUAGACGACAUGUACUCGCGGCUGGACUGAGCAGCUUCGGCGUCGCCGCCGGCCCGGCCGCCCGCGGACCGCAUCCGGCGGGACUCGUCUGGCAGAGCGCUCCAUUCCGGAGACAGCGUGCCGGUCUCCACGGAGGCUUUGGAUCGCUUCUAGAAGUCUGCCCGCGUAGCAGAAUUUUACCGGACACACGUGCAACGGGGUACGCGCGCGCCGGUUCUAUCCGCGCCACAGUCCCAUAAUUGCGACUCUAGUCAAAUGACCAUUCUGCGGGUGCGUGGCAGCCUGUUAGAAAUCUAAUCGAACGCCUAUUUGUUUCGUGUAAAUAGCAGCGCCAUGGUGUUGGGUAUUGCUCACCAGGGCUGUUGCUUGACUCCCCCGUCGUCUUAGCGCGCGUUAACUAGCAUCGAAUGCGUGAUUGCGUAGGGCGUGCUCAGUUGUCUGAAACGCCCGUCCCCGGCAUCGGUUUAUCUACUUUACAGCACAGCCUUGUUUGAAGUGGUCGGUCACGACUGCGGUCCCUUGAGUCGCUCCGUCAGAUCUCUUCCGAUCCAUUGUCUGCACAGCUGUAGCGGUGUCUUGUCCGUAGUACUGCGCGGUGGAGAGGAAAUAGACUCGUCUGGCCGCCGCUCUGGGUGCGCUCCGUCUUGGAGGGCGGGAAGACGGCGAAGUUGCACACUGGCAGAAAAAAACGCUUCCGCGCCGUCGUGGAAAACACUGGAGCUUCUCGAGGUCGAAGCGGACCUUAGAGUCCAUCACAUCGCCGGUCCAAGGCUGCAGUACAGAACAGGGUUCUGCAACGCUUACUGCGCAAUUCAAACAUGCGGAAAUGCGCCGCACGCGCAAAAAUGCCUGCCAACAGCCCCCCUCAGCGGUCCCGGGUGGCUGUACUGCGCGUCAUCCUCUGAGCUGUCGGUGCACGUUCGGGACACGGUGUAUCGAGGCCAAAAGGUCAGUGCCAACUGGCGAGCCGGCAACCGCGCCCCUGCGGUGUCAUCUGCUGUCUUCUGUCCCGGUCCCAGCCCAGUAGAAAUCGAAAGAGUCCACCGGGAUGUGUUGCAAUGCAACCAGCGUGGAACUCACACCUCCGUGAAUAAGGUCUCUGAGGAGACUUGUGCCCCGUAAAAUGCAUGAAGCUUCCAAAACUACGCACAAAAAUAAAAUAUAUCAACACUUCUU